UCUAUAUCAAGUCUCCCUGUUGUGUGUUUGUCUUGUAGGUGAGUGUGGCAGCGAAGAUGGCCCAGCGCAUGUCGUUCGGCUUCUACAAGUACAACAACAUGGAGUUUGUCAGGAUGAAGGGGCCGCAGGGCAAAGGUCACGCUGAGAUGGCGGUCAGCCGGGUCCCGACCGGAGACACGUCCCCCUGCGGCACAGAGGAGGACCUGGACUCACCCCUACACGAGAGGAAUGGUCCACCACCCAAAGGACAUCCAGCCAACUUGAUACAGCUGUGGGAAGCGUUGGAGUCAACAUGGACCAGCUUCCCUGUGGAACGCUUUGGACACCUUGUUAGAGUCCCACGCCCUGACGAAUUGAGGCUGUUCUGCUAGACUAGAAGGUCAGGGCGGUUAGCGUCCUGUGUUUGAGUGUGUACACUGAGUGUACAAAACAUUAAGAACAUGUUCCUAAUAUUGAGUUACACCCCCUUUUGCCCUCAGAACAGCCUCAAUUCGUUUUUAUUUUAUUUUAAUACACUGUAGUAUAAUAUAUU